GCUUGAGAAAAACAGCGUGUCCUUUUAAGGUGUCAAUUUCCUUUUCUCUGCACCCUCUCACCGAAUGCCUCGUUUUUUAUUUCUCUAAUGGAAAAGACAUCUCAUCUGGAAACAGCGAUACUCUGCUGAACAUAGUAAAGCUCCAGAGUGACUGGUGUCUGUGUGAACGACUAAGUCAUCUUCAUUUUCACUAGAGGAGCUUCAACCAUGGCAAACAAGGGUCCAUCUUAUGGGAUGAGCCGCCAGGUGCAGGAUAAAAUCAAGCAGAAGUACGACCCUGAGCUGGAGGUGCGUUUGGUGGAGUGGAUCGUGACUCAGUGCGGCUCUGGGGUUGGAAAACCAGAGGCUGGAAAACUGGGCUUCCAGACCUGGCUCAAAGACGGAUGUGUUUUGUGUGAGCUCAUCAAUAGUCUGUGUAAGGACAAGCCUGUGAAGAAGAUCCAGAGCUCCAGCAUGGCUUUCAAACAGAUGGAGCAGGUCUCUCAGUUCCUCAAUGCUGCCGAGCAGUACGGCGUCGUCAAAACCGACAUGUUUCAGACCAUAGAUCUGUGGGAGGGAAAGGACUUGGCCGCAGUGCAGAGGACACUCAUGGCUCUGGGCAGCAUCGCCGUUACUAAAGAUGAGGGCAGCUUCCGCGGAGAUCCCAGCUGGUUCUUCAAGAAAGCUCAGGAGAACCGGAGAGAUUUCUCUGAAGGCCAGCUGAAAGAAGGGAAGAAUGUUAUAGGCCUGCAGAUGGGAUCCAAUAAAGGGGCGACCCAGUCUGGCAUGACAGGCUACGGCAGACCUCGACAGAUCAUGAACCCAUGAGUCCUUCCCUCGGUUCCCCGAGCAUCACUGCAUCCCAACCCCUGGACUCCAAAUGUUCAAAAUAUGACCAGAAUAUGACAGCGUAAUAAAUAUAAAAGAACACCACCACUCGGUACUAAACCAAGUUUCCAUAUCCAGUGUCAAUCCCUGCUUGUGGAAUGUAUCUGGUCAAAUUAAAAUUCUUUGUUGAGCAGAAUUUUGCAUUUCAUCUGAGUGCAACAUGACAGAUUGUGCGGUUUAAUAAAGCAAUAAGCCCCAAGAAGCCGGGGUUUUAGGCACUCCGCUUUUAUAAAAC